AGGAAGUAGAAGACGGGAGGAGGACGCGGGAGAGAGAGACACCUGGAGGAAAAGGAGUUUUGGCUUCAGCAUCUAACGGGAAGAAAGAAACUGAGUUUGAGUAGACUGACGAUUUGGAAAGCGGUUCAUGAGUUGAGUGCACGUCGGUGCGGCGGAGGUUUGUUUUUUUGGGUCGCUCCAACUCCAAGGAGGGGCGAGAAAAGAAAAAAAAACGGUUUAGCGGCUGAAGAAGAGGAGCGGCGAGAAACGGCUGCUGGAGGAGGAGAGACAGGAGGACGGAGGUGAAGGAGGCUGGACCUGGACGUCUUCUCGGCGGUCUCAAGUGGAUGUGGAUCCUAGUGAAGGACCGGCGGAGAGGAUUCCACUAAAGGAAUAUAUCACUUGUCAGAGCCUGCUGACCUGUAGCCACAGCUGAGGGACUGGACGACUCCUGUCUCACUAUGUCUUCUGCCCUCCAAGGAAAGCUGCAGCGGGACGGAGACCACAAGAAACCAGUGGACUGGAGGAGUCUGGGUUGAAGUACCGGGUUCAGAACCUGCUUCAUAGUCCAGGGAACUGAGACAUCCAGGGUCUGUUAAUCCAGAUCGUUUUGGAGGGGAACAUUGCCAGUGGGAAGACCACGUGUCUGGAGUACUUCAGCAGAACCAGCGAUGUCAAGGUCUUCACACAGCCGGUCUCCAAGUGGAGGAACGUCCGAGGACACAAUCCUCUGGCUCUGAUGUACCAGGAUCCUGAACGCUGGGGCCUGACGCUGCAGACCUACGUCCAGCUCACCAUGCUGGACCGACACACGUCCACCACAGAGGCUGCAGUCAAGAUGAUGGAGAGGUCCAUCUUCAGCGCCAAGUACAUCUUUGUGGAGAACCUCUUCAGAAGUGGGAAGAUGCCCGAGGUGGACUUUGCCGUGCUCAGUGAGUGGUUCGACUGGAUCACCACCAACGUGUCCAUUCCUGUGGAUCUGAUCGUCUACCUGCAGACGGAUCCUGAGACGUGCCACCGGCGGCUGAAGCAGCGCUGCAGAGAGGAGGAGGAGGGCAUUACACUGGAGUACCUGCAGGUCAUCCACCAGCUGUAUGAGGACUGGCUGGUCAGACGGACCUCGUUCCCGCUGCCGGCUCCCGUCCUGGUGAUUCCUGCGGACGGCGACCCUCAGGAAAUGAUCCGCAAGUAUGAAGAGAACCGAGAGCAGAUCCUGGCUGCUGCAAAGCCCUGAGACACACACACACACACACACACACACACACACACACACACACACACACACACACACACACACACACACACACACACACACAUUGAGCAGAUCUCUGAACCUGGGGGGACCUGAAGCAGACUCAUACACUC